AUGGAUAUAACUCCUUACACUUCAAAGAAACUAACAUCACCACACUUGAGCGUUCACUCCAAUAACCAGCAUCAGAAUAAUAUCGUUGAUGAAGCUGCAGCCAUAGACAUGCACCGGAGCAACCAUAGCCACACUUCCACAAGCCGUUCUUCUGACUCUAGUGAGCCUAGUGAGGAUGGAAAAUGGGCCCCAAAGCUUCUAAGAGAGUGUGCAAGAGCAAUAUCAGAGAGAGACUCAACAAAGAUCCACCAUCUUCUUUGGAUGCUAAACGAGUUGGCUUCCCCUUAUGGAGAUUGUGAUCAAAAACUAGCUUCUUACUUCUUGCAAGCUCUAUUUUGCAAAGCCACAGAAUCAGGCCAAAGAUGUUACAAGACUCUAUCUUCAGUGGCUGAGAAAAACCACUCUUUCGAUUCAGCAAGAAAGUUAAUACUCAAGUUUCAAGAGGUAAGCCCUUGGACAACCUUUGGACACGUGGCUUCCAACGGUGCAAUUUUGGAAGCCUUAGAAGGGGAAACUAAGCUUCACAUAGUUGAUAUCAGCAACACCCUUUGCACUCAGUGGCCUACUCUGUUGGAAGCCUUGGCCACAAGAAACGACGAAACUCCUCACUUGAAGCUCACAGUGGUGGCAUUAACUGCUAGCGUAGUAGGAUCAGUGAUGAGGGAGGUUGGUCAACGAAUGGAGAAGUUCGCAAGGCUCAUGGGUGUGCCCUUUGAAUUUAAUGUGAUUAGUGGGUUGAAUCAUCUCACCAAAGAGGGUCUUGGGGUUCAAGAAGAUGAGGCUAUAGCCGUGAAUUGUGCUGGGGCGUUGAGAAGAGUUGAAGUGGAAGAGAGGGAAGCAUUGAUUCGUGUGUUCAAAUCGCUUGGUCCUAAAGUUGUGACCGUUGUUGAGGAAGAAGCGGAUUUUUGCAGCUCAAGUGAUGACUUUGUGAAGAGUUUCGAAGAGUGUCUUAAGUUUUACACACUCUACUUUGAGAUGUUGGAGGAGAGUUUCCCUCCAACGAGUAACGAGAGAUUGAUCUUGGAGAGGGAGUGUUCAAGGAGCAUAGUUAGGGUUUUGGCUUGUAGUAGUGAUGAAUUUGAAGAUGGUGAGUUAUUGGGUGAUUGUUGUGAGAGAAGGGAGAGAGGAACACAAUGGAGUGAAAGGCUUAGGAACUCGUUUUCCCCAGCUGGGUUCAGUGAUGAUGUUGUGGAUGAUGUCAAAGCAUUACUCAAGAGGUACCAACCAGGAUGGUCUCUUAUGGUGUCCCAAGGAGAUGAUCAUCAUGGAAUUUACUUGACAUGGAAAGAGGAACCAGUGGUGUGGGCAUCAGCAUGGAAACCCUAGCUGCUUGAGUUGAAUAUGUGUAUCUAUUAUUAUAUAUAUUUGUGUUUUGUGCCAUUGCUAUAUAUCAUA